UUUCAAAUGUUUUGUCUUAUAACCUUGUGAUGAUAGCAAAAUAUAUAUAUAUAUAUAUAAAGAAGAGUGUUUCAAACUUUAUUCUUUUUCUUUCUCUUCUCUUCUUUAUCUCAUACACAGAUUCUUUGCAUGUAUUUGCUAUCACCAUCAUCAUUGCCAAACAAAACAACAUUAUGGAUGGGCGAACUGGAAAACUGGAUGGAUGAGUAUUACAUUCAGAAGCUUUGGUCUAGUUUGAAUGCCAAUGUCAUUGUCAAAGUAAUUCGAGACAGAAAAACCUUAAUGAGUUCUGGUUAUGCUUUUGUUGACUUUAGAUCUAUUUCUGCUGCUCAAUGCGCACUCGAUAUGUUUAAUGGGGAAUUCAUACCCAACACAUCAUGUAUUUUUAAAUUAAAUUGGGCUUCAGGAGGAGGCAUCGUUGAUCGCAGAGAAGAUAGGCAGCCGGAAUACUCAUUGUUUCUUGGUGACUUGAGUCCUGAAUGUUCAGAUCAAACGUUGUGGAACAUUUUUUCUGCUCGCUAUCCUUCUUGCAAAUCAACAAACAUAAUGAAAGAUUCACAUACUGGUAUGUCUCGAGGCUAUGGGUUUGUACGGUUCCAUAGCGCAAUAGAUCAACAGCAAUGUCUUUCAGAAAUGCAAGGCUUUAUGAUUGCCCAUCGACCUAUUCGGGUAUCAUUGGCAACGCCAAGAAGGAAGUCAACAUGGGAGCAUUCCUCUUGUUUUGUACCGCAGCGAUCGAACACUACCGUAUUUGUUGGAGGACUUUCUUGCCCUAUCAGGGAAGAUGAAUUGGAACAGUAUUUUUGUAUUUUUGGUGAUAUUGUCUAUGUGAAAAUACCUCCGGGAAAGGGUUGUGGAUUUGUUCAGUUUGUCUUGAGACAGUCAGCUGAAAUGGCUAUUGAGCAAAUGAACGGCUAUCAGAUAGGGUCUUCUAGAAUACGUCUCUCAUGGGGGAAAUCACAACAACCUUUUACGACAUUGCUUCAACAUCCAUUCCAAGUAGCCAACAAGAGUCUAAGUUACAAUACAGAGCGCUAUGGAUCUAUGCUAUUAUCUCGUCCAUUUUCACCUGUUCAUUUGAAUCAGUUCUAUAUCUUAGAUAAAGAGACUUAUGCUUCUUUUUCAUCAUUUUAAGUACUAAUUAUUAUUUAUUAUACCAUUUUUUUUAUAGUCAAUAAAAUAUUUA